UACACAAAAGUCCACGUUCGAGCAGAUUCUAUGGGAGGCGGGUGAUGGCCAAGCUGCAUGCGGUUAGCUUCUAUGUUCUGCACGAGCAUACGGUCUCUUCGAAAUACCAAAUAUACGCCAAGACCCCUUUUGCACUACAGGCAUGAAAAAGUUCCUUGAUUUCCUGGAAGAGUUCCCAGAGUUGAGAAAGUAUAAGCCGUACUUCGAAAAGAUGGAAAAUGAUUACAUUGAUCGAGUGGGAAUUGUAAUGCAGGAGUAUUGUAGGAAUCGCAAGCCAAAUGGAUAUUAUGUAAUCUGUCAUGGUGACUUUUAUUUGAAGAACAUGAUGUUUAAGCAGGGAGAAGAUGGAUCUUUGAAAGAUGUUAUGUUGUUGGACUACCAAGUAAGCAACAUUUGCCCCAUAACCAUGGACCUGCUAUACGCCGUAUAUAUGCUGAUUGGCAUUGAAGAUCGCCAUAAUAACUAUAAAGAACUUAUAAAAUAUUAUCUCGCCGAGUUUCUCGCAACAUUUCAAAAUAUUGGAUAUAAAGGCGAAUUGCCCAACUCGGUGGAGUUCUGGCAGCAAGUCAUCCAAAACAAUUGCUAUGGUAAGUCAUGAAUAGAAGAUUCCUAUUUAGAUAUAUUAUUUACUUUGGAAAAUUUCCGAUAUAUAUUUGAUACCUACAUUUUUGCCAAUGAUGAAUGC